AUUUACAUGUAUGGAGGAAAAAUUGAUUCAACAGGCAAUGUGACCAAUGAGUUGAGAGUGUUUCAUAUUCAUAACGAAUUAUGGGUAUUGUUGACCCCAAAGGCAAAGGAGCAGUAUGCAGUGGUUGGACACUCAGCACACAUUGUAACACUGGAGAGUGGCCAGGUGGUCAUGCUGGUCAUCUUUGGUUACUGCCCUCUCUAUGGAUAUAUAAGCAAUGUAUAGGAAUAUGAUUUGGAGAGGAACACCUGGAGUAUUUUGCACACCCAGGRUGCCCUUGUGCAAGGGGGUUAUGGCCACAGYAGUGUUUUUGAUCACAGGACCAAAGCCCUGUAUGUCCACGGCGGUUACAAGGCUUUCAGUGCUGUUAAAUACAGGCUCGCAGAUGACCUCUACAGAUACGAUGUGGACACCCAGAUGUGGACCAUUCUUAAGGACAGCYGAUUUUUCUGUUACUUGCACACAGCUGUGAUAGUGAGUGGAACCAYGCUGGUGUUUGGAGGAAAUACACACAAUGACACAUCCCUGAGCCAUGGUGCCAAAUGCUUCUCUUCAGACUUUAUGGCUUAUGACGUUGCUUGUGACCGCUGGUCAGUGCUUCCCAGACCUAAUCUCCACUGUGAUGUCAAUAGAUUUGGCCAUUCCGCAGUCUUACACAACAGCACCAUGUAUGUGUUUGGUGGUUUCAACAGUCUCCUCCUCAGUGACAUCCUGGUAUUCACCUCGGAACAGUGUGAAGCACACCAGGGUGAAGCUGCUUGUGUGGCAGCAGGACCUGGUGUCCGCUGUGUGUGGGACACAGGGUUGUCUCAGUGCAUCUCCUGGGAGCUGGCAACUGAAGAACAAACUGAAAAGUUAAAAUCAGAAUGUUUUCCCCAAACAACCCUUGACCAUGACAGAUGUGACCAGCACACAGAUUGUUACAGCUGCACGGCCAACACCAAUGACUGCCACUGGUGCAAUGACCAUUGUGUACCUAUUCAUCUCAGUUGCAUGGAAGACCAGAUUUCCAUUUCUACAUAUGAGAAUUGCCCCAAGGAUAACCCUAAGUACAGUUGUGUCAAGAAGACCAGCUGUAGGAGCUGUGACCUGGACCAGAAGUGCCAGUGGGAUCCCCAGAAUCAAGAGUGCAUCUCCCUGCCUGAAAAUAUCUGUGGCAUUGGCUGGCAUUUGGUUGGAAACUCGUGUUUGAAAAUUACUACUGCCAAGGAGAAUUAUGACAAUGAUAAGCUGUACUGUAGGAACCACAAUGCCUUCUUGGCUUCCCUUAUAACCCAGAAGAAAGUGGAAUUUGUCCUUAAGCAGCUGCAAAUAAUGCAGCCAUCACAAAGCACGUCUAAGCUCACCUUAACCCCAUGGGUUGGCCUUCGGAAGAUCAACAUGACCCACUGGUUCUGGGAAGAUAUGACUCCAUUUACAAAUAGUUUACUACAGUGGAUGCCAUCUGAGCCCAGUGAUGCUGGGUUCUGUGGAAUCUUGUCAGAACCCACUGUUCGGGGAUUAAAGGCUGCAACCUGCAAUAACCCCCUCAAUGGCAGCAUCUGUGAACGGCCUGCAAACCACAGUGCCAAGCAAUGCCGGAUGCCGUGUGCCUUGCGGACUGCAUAUGGGGAGUGCACCAGCAGCAGCUCUGAGUGCAUGUGGUGCAGCAACAUGAAGCAGUGUGUGGACUCCAACGCCUACAUGGCCUCCUUCCCUUUCGGCCAGUGUAUGGAGUGGUAUACCAUGAGCAGCUGCCCCCCUGAAGAUUGUUCAGGUUAUUAUACCUGCGGUCAUUGCUUGGAGCAGCCAGGCUGUGGCUGGUGUACUGAUCCCAGCAACACUGGGAAAGGGAAAUGCAUGGAGGGAUCCUACAAAGGACCAGUGAAGAUGCCUCCACAGGCCUCUGCUGGAASUGCCUAUCCACAGCCCCUUCUGAAUUCCAGCAUGUGUCUAGAGGACAGCAGAUACAACUGGUCUUUCAUUCACUGUCCAGCAUGCAAGUGCAAUGGGCACACCUCGCUGUGUGAUGCCAACACGGGCAGGUGCUUCUGUGCCACCAAGGGCAUCAAAGGGGACCAGUGCCAGCUAUGUGAGGUAGAAAAUCGAUACCAGGGAAACCCUCUCAAAGGAACAUGUUAUUAUACUCUUCUUAUUGGCUAUCAGUUCACUUUUACCCUCUCCCAGGAAGAGAAUCGCUAUUACACAGCCAUCAAUUUUGUGGCCACUCCUAAGGAACAAAACAAGGAUAUGGACAUGUUCAUCAAUGCCUCCAAAAACUUCAAUCUCAAUAUCACCYGGGCUGCCAGCUUCUCAGAUGGAGCCCAGCCUGAGGAACAGAUGCCUAUURUUUCAAAAACCAACAUUAAGGAGUACAAAGACAGCUUCUCUAAUGAAAAGUUUGAUUUUUGAAACCAUCCAAAUGUCACUCUCUUUGUGUAUGUCAGUAAUUUCACCUGGCCCAUCAAAAUUCAGGUUUUAGCCACAGGUGGGCAGUCUGUGGAAUGUUAG